AUGCCUGGUGGUUGGCUGCACAAACCAAUCUGGGCGCCGUACGAGCUGUAUGGUCGAGUUGACUAUGUCUACGGCUGGCCAGCCUGGAACAGCCAUGAUGGCUUCAACGCGGCACGAGGGUUCCUGAAUUUGGUCGAGACACUUCUGUAUCUCCGUUACCUGUGGACCGUCUGGAAGAAGAGUACGAGUGCGAGGGCACUGUUUGCGGCCCGCAACGUUACGGAAUUCUAUGGUGGUAGCGCCAGAACGUUGGUCAGUGGUCCAGAAGUGGCCGCGGCCGUGCUCGUGUUGUGGUCGGCCACCGUGAUGACACUGAGCAAGUCGGUCUUAUACUGGCCACAAGAGUAUUUCGGAGAUUAUUCUCACAUCGGACACAACGAUUGGUCCACUCUCACCUGGAUCUGGGUCAUUCCCAACGGGUUCUGGUUAGCUUUCCCCACCUACAUGGUCUACGUGCUAGGCCUCGAACUUGUCGUCGGCCUCAAUGGCGGCACUGCGGAGGGACACUAG